AUGAUGUAUACUCAACGUCCAACAUUUUAUUAUCAUCAUCAUCAUCAUUAUACUGGUAGAAAUAUUCCAUCAAGAGUUGAUAGAGGUCUGCCGUAUAUAUAUAAUCAAAAUCAAUUUUGGUAUUCAUUUCGUCGGCCUGGUCUUAUCUUUGGUAGUAUAAUAUUAUUAUUAUCAGCAACAAUGUUUUUCACUGAAGUCGGUCGAUUAUAUUCGGGCUCAAAUAAUCGUGGUGAUUCCAAUGAUCGAUAUUUGUAUGAAAUGUAUCCAAAUAAUAUUGUUGGACAAAAUGGUGUUCAAAAUGUUAAACCAGAAAAUCGUUGGUUUUGGCCAUGGUCAACGGCAACGCUACUAUUUGGUCUAGUAUUUAUUGCUACAGGUAUUAUGGGGAUAAUAAGUGGUAAACGUUUAACUUAUACAUCGAUAUUAGCUUAUUUAAUACUUUCCAUUCUUAGUCUAUUUUUGUUGGUAUUUAUAAUCGCAUCAUAUUCAACAAUUAUAACUGGCUGGUAUAAAAUAUACAAUACGAGAAAUGGAAAUUUAAUGCCAGUCUAUGCCAGAAUUGAUCGUGAUCUAAGUAUCGUUUGUUUAUCGUUAGCAUGUGCUCUAACAUUAUGUAUAUUUAUUGGAGCUAUUGUAGCCGGUUUAGCUAUACAAGCAUGUAGAAAAAAGGGAUCCUCAACAGAUCAAUUCAAUGACAAACAAAUAUUAGCACCGGGAACACCACAAAUGGGAAUACCGCCAAGAAAUUAUCCACAAAGACCAUAUCAAUUAAAUUAA